AUGAUGGCUUUCACUAUGCUGAGGCCGGUAUCGACGCAUCCCUUCUCUUACCCCGCUGACCUGACCUUGAUGUCGGACGACGAGGAGGAGAACCGCAGCGAGAGCGACAGCAGCACCGACCAGGGCUACGGCUGCUGCGGGAUUCCGGGGGAGAGUUACAGGCGGGAGUCCGGCGGCGUGGUACCACAUAGGAACGCCGCUAACGCCAGGGAGAGACACCGGACCCAGAACGUCAACACGGCCUUUACGGCGCUGCGGACACUCAUCCCCACGGAACCGGUGGACAGAAAACUCUCCAAAAUCGAGACUCUGCGUCUGGCGUCCAGCUAUAUCUCACACCUGGCCAACGUGCUGGUGGUCGGGGACGGGAGGGAGGACGGACAGCCGUGCCUAAGUGCUGUCUACAAUGAUGUGAAGGGGGGUGGAGAAGGCAGACAGCCUCGGAAUAUCUGCACAUUCUGCCUCAGCAACCAACGGAAAGGGGUGAAAGACAGACGAGACUUUGUAAAAAUGCGUGGAAGCAGUGUGAGACAAAUAAGUCGGCGAUGAAACCGUCUGAGUAGGAUGAUUGGAUCUACUCUUCAGACUCCAGGGAAACCUCCACCGUCCAUUCCACAAGGCUCGAAGCAUCUCAGUCUUUGAGGACGACUUUGCUUUGGCUCAUUGGUCACUUUAUCUUGUAUGAGAAAAGAGGAUUGGCAUCAAAACCAUCCAAGUAUCUGAAGCAGAAACAGGCACUCAUUCCAACACACUAACUAAUGUCAUUGGAAAUAUUGUAAAAGUGAGAGAAUAGGAGUGUAACGCUGCGACAUGGCCAUGGGUCUUCUUUUCAUUUAAAUGACAUGAGAUGUUCAGGGGAUUGGUGGAACAAUUAAAGAUCUUUCAUGAGCAGAGUAUGAGCCUGAGUCAAAGCAUAAUGUUCUGACAGGUUUUUGCAGCAUAGAUAAUGCUAAUCACCUGUUAUUACCUAAAGGCACAAUGCAUAAUCCAAAUGUUAAUAAAAGGAGACGUUCAAAUUAAAACAAAGGAUUUGAACCAGCUAUCACUUUUAGAGGAACUUAAGGAUCUUUUAUAUUUGAACUGACAACAGAUGAACUUUAUUUACAUAAAUAAUGUCUUAUUUUAUGUAUAGGUCAAACUUGUUUAAUCACAUAUGUGAAAUUAUCAAGGCAUUAGCAUGACUGCUGAGACACGGAGAUGCUAUUGGUGCCUAUCCCCGGCCUUAUAACUUGUAUUGGGUAAGGUACUGAGACAAACUCGCAUUGAAGUCUUUAAAAUGAAGAGGUUUUGGAACAGACUUGGAGCCUGCAGCAGGGCAGUUUCAGGACUGAUAUGUGGACAGAUCACACACACUGGUGGUGUGAAGAUAUGUGCAAGGACAUUUUUGUGGGACACUACUUUCUUUGCUUUUUCAUUACAUGUUGUAAUCUACUUCGAAAUAAAAUUUAUUUUUACAUA